AUGAGUAACAAUCAAGAAAAUGGGGUUUAUGGCCAACAGCUAGCUUACUUGCUCAGAGAUAAUAUCAAUAACAAAGUACAAGAUUUUAGAUCCAUGUGUCGCGAAAUGAUCAGAACAAAUGCUGAAACUAUACCAGUUUGUGAAUCGUCGAGCAGUCGUGGAAGGCUUGUGACAACAUCACUAGUGAAAAAGAAAUUUUUUUCUUUUUCAUUUCCUGUUGAUUUUGACACUACAUGUUUUUCUGGAAUAAACAAAAUGUUAUCUAAUCUUGAAAAUUGGGAAGUACAAUGCAGAAAGAGGAAUUCAGGAAUAUGUGAUACGUAUUAUAUUCACAAUUCUAUCAAUGGUGGUAAAAAGUUGAGAUCUGUUACGGAAGUUGUGAAUAACUUACUUCCCGAAGGAUAUGCUAAAUUGGAGACAUGGAAAAGAAAUAAAAAGGACGAUGAGUAUAAUGAUGAAGAAAAUAAAUUUGAAAUUGAAGCUAAUGAAAAUAACAUUCCUCAAAUAAUGUUUGGUGAUUUACUUCCUCAUAAUCUUUCUGUACCAAGGAAGAAACGAAAUUAUAGAAAGAAGAGAUUAGGGACAAAAAAGGCCAAUUGUGCAGCUGAAAAAGAAAAAAAGAUUGAAGUAGGAAAUGACGUGUGUUCUCAAGAGACACACGACAUAAAGAACAAUUUUGAAGCAGGAAAUGCUUCUUGUUCUCAAGAAAUGGAGGGAAAAGAGAUUAAUAUGAAUAUGAGAGAUGUUUCAAAAGAAGCAUUAAUAUGCCUAUAUGAAGUCUCAACCGGAGUUUCGUUAAGUACUCCUCAAAUAAGGGUUGGUGAUUUACUUCCUCCUAGUUUUUUCGUACCUAGGAAGAAGCGAGAUUAUAAGAGGAAGGUUCAAAAAAGAAAUCAUGCAGAAGUGGAGAAGAAUAUUGUUGUUGGCUCCUCCACCUAUCCUCAAGAGGUUCUGGAAAACAAAGAGAAUAAUAUUAAAAUCGGAAAUAUUUUUGGUCAUCCUUUAGAAAUUGGGGACAAAAAGACCAAGUAUGCAGCUGAAAAAGAAAAAAAAAUUGAUGUGUGUUCUCAAGAGACACAUGACAUAGAGAACAAUUUUGAAGCGGAAAAUGCUUCUUGUCCUCAAGAAAUAAAGAGAAAAGAGAUUAAUAUGAAUGUGGGAGAUGUUUCAAAAGAAGCUUUGUCAUACCUACACGAAGUCUCAACCAAAGUUUCGCUAAGUAUUCAUCAAGUAAGGGUUGGUGAUUUACUUCUUCCUAGUGUUUUCGUACCUAGGAAGAAACGAGAUUAUAAGAGGAAGGUUCAUAAAAGAAAUCAUGCUGAACUUGAGAAGAAUAUUGCUCACACCUCCUCCACCUUUCCUCAAGAGGUUCUUGAACACAAAAAGAAUAAUGUUGAAACCAAAAAUGUUUUUUGGCCUCCUUCAGAGGGAAAAGAAAACAAUUAUGAAGUAGGAAUUGCUUCUUGUCAUCAAGAAGUGGAGGAAAAAGAAAUCAAUUAUGAUGUUGCAAAUGAUUGGAAAUUGACAGAGGAAAUAGAUAACUAUGAAGUCUUACCUGAGAUUACAGAAGACUUCUCUGAGUUUGAUGAUUUGAUUGCAAGCUUUCUCAAAUAA